CCUCCAGGUUUUUCGAAAAGGGUGUGUGGCAGGGAAAAAGCCGGCCGGCUAUGCAGACACAGCGGCGGAACCUCUUUGUGUUUAGGGCAGAAAUAUUCUAGAUCGAAGCCUGGGCAUUUAUCUAGAUAUAUCUGUUUUUUUUUUUCCCCUCAUCUGUGGGGGACGCGAGAGAAGCUGGAUUUUGGUUCCUUCCUUCCUUCGUUCGUUUCCAUCAUGGCUUUUUAAAAAAAGCAGAAAUUGUUGUGGGUUCGGUGCUUGGUGUUUGUGGGGGUUUUUUGUCCGUCCCCCCCCCCCCUCGACCUUUUCUUUUUUUAAAACAAAAAUUGGAGAAGGGAUUGAAUCCGCAGCCUCUUUCGGAGAACCCAAAAUGUCAACGACUUUCCCUGGACUCGUCCACGAUGCUGAGAUACGCCACGACGGAUCCAACAGCUACCGUUUGAUGCAACUGGGCUGCCUGGAGUCGGUGGCCAACUCGACGGUCGCCUACUCGUCCUCGUCGCCGCUCACCUACCCCGCCGCCGGCACCGAGUUCGCCUCCCCCUACUUCUCCACCAACCACCAGUACACCCCGCUCCACCACCAGUCCUUCCACUACGAGUUCCAGCACAGCCACCCGACCGUCACGCCCGACGCCUAUUCCUUGAACUCUCUGCACCACUCGCAGCAAUACUACCAGCAGCUGCACCAUGGCGAGCCGGCGGACUUCAUCAACCUGCACAACGCGCGGGCCCUCAAGUCCUCGUGCCUGGACGAGCAGCGGCGCGAACUGGGCUGCCUGGACGCCUACCGCCGCCACGACCUGUCGCUCAUGAGCCACGGCUCCCAGUAUGGCAUGCACCCCGACCAGAGGCUCCUGCCCGGACCCAGUUUGGGCCUGGCGGGCUCCGGAGCCGACGAACUGCAGGGCUCAGUGGAGGCCCAAUGCGGCCUGGUGCUGAACGGCCAAGGUGGGGUUAUAAGGAGAGGUGGCACGUGCGUCGUCAACCCCACAGACCUCUUUUGCUCUGUUCCCGGCCGCUUAUCUCUGCUCAGCUCCACUUCGAAAUAUAAAGUGACCAUCGCAGAGGUGAAGAGACGCUUGUCCCCGCCAGAAUGCCUCAAUGCCUCUCUUUUGGGGGGUAUCUUGAGAAGAGCAAAAUCCAAAAAUGGGGGCCGUUGCUUGAGAGAGAAGUUAGACCGACUGGGCCUCAAUUUGCCAGCGGGGAGGAGAAAAGCAGCGAACGUCACCCUCCUGACGUCCUUGGUAGAAGGGGAAGCUCUGCAUUUGGCCCGCGAUUUCGGCUACACCUGCGAAACGGAAUUCCCAGCCAAGGCGGUGGGGGAACAUCUCGCCAGACAGCACAUGGAGCAGAAGGAACAGACGGCCAGGAAGAAGAUGAUCCUGGCCACCAAGCAAAUCUGUAAAGAAUUCCAGGACUUACUAAGCCAAGACAGAUCACCCUUAGGAUCUUCCAGACCCACUCCGAUAUUAGACCUCGACAUCCAGAGACAUUUAACACAUUUCAGUUUGAUCACUCACGGCUUCGGGACCCCGGCAAUAUGUGCGGCCUUGAGCACGUUCCAAACUGUCCUCAGUGAAAUGCUGAACUACUUGGAAAAACACACGGCGCACAAAAAUGGCGGCGCGGCAGAAUCCGGGCCAGGACACGCCAACUCGGAGAAAGCCCCCCUGCGGAAAACAUCAGAGGCCGCCGUGAAAGAGGGCAAAACAGAAAAGACAGACUAGCGACAUCAAACGGAAUCUAUCGCUAGAGAGCCUCCCUGCAGAUAUUUUUUUAAAGAUACAUAUAUCUAUCUCUAUACAUAUAUAUCUCUAUGUCUUUCUCUGUGUAUAUCUAAUUGAGGGUGAUUUUUUCUCCAGUGGACCAAACUGAAUGGGAGAAGAAGAAGAAGAAGAAAAAGAACGGGGUUUCAAAAUAACAAAAUGAGCCCUUGCUUGACCCUACGACUGGCAAUGUACAGUAAAUACAUGAUGGAAAUUGUCACUUUCUU